AUGGCACCUCGCCCGAAGGUCUCCCGACACAAGCAGAUGCUUGUUGUUGUCCGGCUCCGGGAGGCAGAGGUCGUUCGCUCGCUUGCUCGGGCCCUCUGUGGCGGUCGGCGGACAGUGCGGCCCGAGCGGAGGCCGCGGCGCCUCCGCCCGUUCUUGAGGAGCCCGCGCCGCGCGAGGCCCACCCCGCCUUCUCAGCCCAUCCACGCCCACGACGCCCAUCGACCUGACCCUGCCGAGUCUGCCCCGGCUCGAUUGAGCGCGGUGCAAGCAGGUAAGUGUACGCCCUGUGCCCGGCGGCGACCCGGGCUGUGCGGACUACAGUGUCCAGUGGGCUUCGCGCCGGCGCGCAUGCGCGCACCCCGGGGCGCACGGCCGCCUGGGACGCGUAGUUCCUGCGCCCCGGUUGGGGUUUUCCCCGGGACCCGGCGGACGCUGGAGCGCCCUAGCGGCCUGUGUGGCCGACACUCCGGGAGCCUCGGGGCCUCUCUCCGCCCUCUCUCAUACUUUUGA